AUGGUGCUGCUGCUGCAAGUAGUGGCAGACAUCGUCAACACCUACUACGCCCAUAGCGAGUCGUCGGAGAACACGCGGCUCCGCGAGAAGGACGUCGUGAGCGGAAGCCCGGACGACUCUGCUCAGGGCCGCGGAGUCGACGUCUCGCGACUGGAGGCGUUCGUGAUGGAGAGCGAACCCCUGAAAGAACUCAAACGGAAGUUGGAGUUUUUGGGGACGACGCCCAUAUGGCGUGAUCAUUCCUCUCGAUCCGUGUUCUGGAGGGCCGUGACUUGCAUUCAGAACGCCGCCGACCGCUGGAGACGCCGGCAAUCCGCAGGUAUUUCUCCAGACUCGACGGCAGGGCAGAUUCAGUGGCGCUGUGGUACGGGGCAGCAGCCGGAUCGACCGACAAGCAAACGUCACAGCUUCGUCCUGCUGUGCAUCCCCUUCAUGCGGUGGGGCACCAAAGCCCACCAGCCGGACGUGUGCGCCGUCCGCUCCGACCAAGCCUUCUUCCGCCUCCUGCGCAUGUCCCACGUCGCGUACCGGACGCAGCAUCCGUGGAGCUGGCUCAAGAGGCUGGUCAAUAUCUCUCAGCCCCCCUUCCCGCCCAUCAGCGCGGACUUCGACCAUGAGCCCGCCGAGACCGAGCCUCUGAUCGGGGCCAACCUCACGAUGCACCUCUUCGAGAACCCAGAGCACGCCGACAUCUUCCCCGUGCUCUUCAAGAGAAUACCCGGGAAGACAAGGGAGAGACUAGAGGCGUGCCCCGUCAGGGGAAGCUCUGUGGGUUGGGGCGUCCAGUACGUAGAGGCUCUGAACGUGCUUUAUGUUUUCCUGUUUGGCUGCCUCGGAUUCCUCGUCUGCCUCGGGAUAUCCGCCGCGUGGACGGUGGUGAAGCACGACAUCCAGGGGGGGUAUAUCUGCAAAGCCACGGGAGCCCCCGCAUAG